AUGGGCAACUGCUGCUUUGGCUUCAAGGAACGCCUGAUGAGACGCCUGAGUCCUUUGCCUACCCUGCUUAUCAUCCGUGCUUUCAUGCCCCAGAGGCGGUGCAAAGACUACCGCGUGGUGGUGCUCGGCUCUGCUGGUGUGGGCAAGAGCGCGCUGGUGCAGAGAUGGGUGCGCGGCACCUUCCGUGACACCUACCUGCCGACCAUCGAAGAUACCUACCGUCAGGUGAUGAGCUGCAACAACAACGUGGGUGCCCUGCACAUCACCGACACCACUGGUGGUCACAGGUACCCAGGCCUGAAGCGCCUUGCCAUUGCUAAGGGUCACGCCUUCAUCCUGGUCUACUCAGUCACCAAGAAGCAGACCCUGGAGGAGCUGAAGGCCUUCUACGAGCUGAUCCGCGAGAUCAAAGGCAACAACAUGCAUAAGUUCCCGAUCGUGCUUGUGGGCACCAAGUGUGAUGAGAACCGCCGUGAGCUGACCCUGAGGGAUGGCGCCGUCUACGCGCUGGAAUGGAAUUGCGCCUUCGUGGAGACCUCAGCCAAGAUCGAUUUCAAUGUGAAGGAGCUGUUCUUCAUGCUGCUGAAUCACGAGAAUAAGCCCGCUGCCUGUCUCCCAAUUCCCCAGAAGAAAUCCCAGAAGACCACCGAGAAGGUGCUUGGCAAAUGUAUUAUCAUGUAA